AUGACAACACCGGACUCGUCAGCCGACGAUCCCCUCCAAUCUUCCAUCACAACAUCCGACGCGCCGCUCGUCUCAUUCCGCGCCGCGCCGCCUUCCGCCGCCGUCGUCUCCAAUUGCGCAAAAUCAAUUAUCGAUCGCAAAUUGCGAAAAUACGCCAGCGAGACGAGUUUCGCCACCGAAACCGCUUCCGAAUCGAGUUUGGAGCGCGAGAUUCCGUCGCGGACUCGCGUCUUCACAGUGAAGCCCGUGAAAUCAACCGGAAGCGGAGGGACACCGGGAAAAUCGUCCGCACCUCGCCGCUCGCGUCACGAUUCGGACGCAAGCGGCUCUGCGAACAGCGAGGCUACCGUAGCCUCGGGGGCGAAUACGCCACGCAGAUGUCGACACGGUGAGCAUUUUCGGCGGCCGAAAAGUGCGGGACACGUGGCAAGUGGUGGGGAAAUGCACCAAAGUUGCACCUCAGCCACAAUUCAUAGUUUGGAGAGUCAUUUGAAUGAGAAUAUUCGGAGAGCGUCGAAUGUUUAUAUGAUGGAUGAUGAUUCGAUUCAUGAAUUUGAGGAUGAUGAUGGUGGGUUUGAAAAUUGGUGGAUUUUGGUGCUAAAAUCAGGGUUUUUGGUGAAAAAUGGUGCAUUUUGA